UAAUUUCUCAUGGAAAUCAUAAAUAAUGGAGUCAUUUCAGACUUUUAUGAGCGUUUUCGAAAGAUGCAGUGCGGAGAGAAACAGCGAGGGACUUGUUGACAUUUUAAAGAAUGGCCCAAAGUAUUUUCAAAACAUUUCGGCGAGUGACAGCGAAAAAAUUUUAGCAACCCUUUUUGACGUGGAAAAAGGUUUGCUAUUUUUCCUUCGGGAUGAACUGGAAAGAGGUCUCACUCUUAGGAACUACCAAAGUGCAGUUAUCCAAGGAUUCCGUUUGGUUGAAUUUGUCAUGGUUCAAUUUGAAAAACAGUAUGAACCUUACAUUUUACCAACAAAGGAACUUUGUGAGCUCGCAAUAAAAAUACGAUGUGUGCAUUUUGUUAAAAAAUCAGCUGCGAAUGUAUUCAAGAAACUUGUAGAACUUUUCAACAGGUUCGAAUUACUUCUCGAGAAAACUAUCGAGGUAUUUGGAAGAAGAUUGCACGUCUACGAUGAAAUGGAACGAAGUGAGAUUUAUAUCGUCAUGGGGGCGGUAGCUAAGUACGUUCCGGAUGAUGUUCGAAGAUUCUCAAGUACGAUUUUCAAAAAUAUUCUACAAGACAUGAAAAAACAGUAUAAGGAGCAAAGCGUCGUUCAAUCAGCAAGAUACGCGCAGUACUUUGAGGCUUUAAUCGACUUGUUUGAAAAUUUUACUCCUUUUCCAAGUGAAGAAAGCAACAAACAAUAUUACGAAGAAGUAUAUCAGUACAUAAAGUUACUGAGUGACUUUGAUGAAACUUCAAAGCUCGAAUCGAUUAAGCAAGACAAAGUGGAAAAAAAGAUAGCAGCCACUAUGAACAAGCGGUCGGCUAUUGAAUUGUUGAUCAGGCACUGGUCUUUUUUCGGCCCAAUGAUUUACAAAGAUCACGAAAUUUGGCACAAACGACUCGAAAAGUUAUUAGUUCAAAGCGGAAAAACUGCAGAACUUGGUUGGCGAGCAAUGAAAAUAUUUUAUAAAGCGAUUGCCCAGGUAUUGAAGUCUAGAGAUACUGACGAGGAAAGAAAAGUGCUAUUGUUUUUCAGGGCAUAUUUUUUGGGUUACCUUUCGAGGCUUAGUCUGAAUACAAAUUUAGUGCAAUUGAUAGUUUGGGGUUAUAGUCAAAUGGCAGCUCCUUGCAAGAAGCACUUGACUAGCGAGGAAGUCUGCGAAAUGUAUUCGUUGAUUGCCCGAAGAUCAAUUUCGCUUAACACUCGGGACGAUGCGAACAUUGAAGAAAUCUCGAGUUAUCUGGAGUCCCUUUCGGAAAUUCUGAAAAACUUACCGAACGUAUCAAUCGAUCAGAUAAAAUUUCUUUCGAAACUUGGAAUUCUUUUGAUUAAACGAUUCCCUGAGUUCCGCCUUUUCGUUCAGCCGAAUGCAAUGCAGUCUCUCAGGAAGUCGAUUACAAAUGUCGGAUACCUAAAUCAGAAUCUUCAACAGGAAUAUUUCUAUGAUCUAAUUUACAACGGAAUUCUCUGGACAUGUUCUCACACAUUGUUCAUAGAUGCAGAACUAGCACGCAGUACUUUAAAAGAACGACCAAUCUGCUACAAAAAUUACCUGCCUCUGUGGCAGGAUUUAGUCGACAUCAGUAAAUACAAAUACGAGACAGGACCGCAAGUAAUAAAGCAAUUAUUCAAACAACUAGUAGCCACUUGCACCACUUUGAUGAGCGCCCUAAAUCUCAAAACGAAAACCAAAGAAGACACCAUGUAUUCCGAUGUCGCUCUCUCCCAAACCGCUGAAAACGAAACGGAUUUUCGUAUAUUCAUCAACAUGGUAGACCUCUACGUCGAAAUCCUCGAAAUUCUCGAUUUCUCGCUUCUCAAGGAUUGGCUUCCAAAGCUCUUAUACGAGAUCGUGAGAAAUUCCUACAAACACCAAAUGGUCUCUGGAUUUUACAAAUUAAUUCACGUGAUUCUCCAGAGAUCAGGAAAUUACUGGAAAACCCUAGAUCCGAAUAAUCAAACCUGCGAGAUGAUCUCGAGAUUUUUAUCAAGCACUUUGGACUUAAUUUGCGGAUUCUACCACGAAUUGCAAAUAGCUUGUGUCUAUUUAAUUCUAGACUCACCGAUUGUCUUCAUCCAGAAUGAAUUAAACCGGACAGUUCCAGUUUUUAAAAUCGCUUUCACAAUCGGAUUGGGCGAUUUUUCUCUAGCUGCUUGUGCCCUGGAUGCUCUCGAAUUCUGGACUCGUGAGUUGGCUAGCAGUUAUCCAGAAGAACUGAAGGAAUUAUUGCUUCAAGUUGUUCCCAGCCUCGAGCCUUAUCUGCAGAGUAAAGAAACUGCCACUGAAUUGCUGCAAGAUAUUGUAAAAACGCAGAGGAAGAUUAUAACCCAGGUGACUCUGAAAGACGAGACAAAAACAUUGGAAGAAUUUCAGAGGCGAAUUCUCUUAUUUUUGGGUUCCCUUUCCACCGAAAUUACUCACGACUUUGUUUACAAAAGAUCACAGGACACUAAAGCAACCUGGGAUAAAAAGGAUUUACUGGAUUAUACCCUCUUUUUUCCAGAUAUGAGACUUUACAUCCACUUUGAUAAUAUUCUGCCCAGAGUUGUCGAUUUGGCUUUAAGUUCCGGAGACAGACGAACGCGAAUGUGUGCCUGCGAGGUUCUGCAUUCGCUGAUUAUAGUGAUUCUGGGAAAGACCCGAGAUAUUUUAAACAAACCGAAUCCGGAUCGUUUUGCCCAUUUGUAUAAAAUUCUCUGCCCGGCGAUGCUGAAACUGGGAUCUGAUCCUGAUACAGUUGUUCGGCAAUUGUACUAUCCAACUCUUUUGCAAAUGACGCAUUGGCUAAGCUCAAAAUUGAUGCUGAAAUCGCCUUCGACGAUUUAUCUCGUCGAUGCUCUCUUCGAUGGCUUGACUGAUGAAUCGAAUUCGUCGUUACGCGAAUUUUCGGGCGUUUGUUUGAAGGAAUUUCUAGCCUGGUCAAUCAAGCAGUCUUCUAACCGGGAUUUGAAAAUAUCGCCGAUUAAUGUUUACACAAUUGUGAGGAAAAUGAGUACCUAUGCGUUGCAUCCUUCGACACAGAAAAGAAUUGCAGCUGCUGUCGCUUUCAACCAUUUGUACUCGAUUUUAAGAGAAAGUGAGGAGAUUUUGAAUACCUUCUGGUUGGAGAUUUUUUACUGCUUUGUCAAAAGCUCCGAGGGUUGUCACGAUUUGGGAAUUGAAACGGCGAUCGGACAUCUUCAGAAGGUCCUGAAAAUCAAGGCGGAACUUUUUAAUGCUGAGAAUUCGAGAAGGAGGAAACCAAUCGAGUUUCAGAGUGCCAAUUUGAAGGGAGUAGCAAUCUGGCUUUUUACUCAAUGUGGAUCUUUGGAUCGAGCUUAUAGACAAAGCUGCAUGAAAAUACUGGAAGAUAUUAAUUCUCAUGUGGAAAAUUGCGAUUCAGUGCAGAAACUUGUCUCGUUUUAUUUGAAAAAGUAUGGAAUUGAAGGUCUGAAUUCUAUUAUAUUGAAGAACUUGGAUGAAGAGUUCAAGGUUAUUUCUUUGGAGAGUGUGAAGCCUUUCUUACGCACCUUGGAUUCCUACAUUUGGCUGGUGGGAAAUAAAUUGGUGGAUUUGGAAUUAUUGUUUCUUGAUGGGAAUUCGGAAAAAGAUUUGAUUUUUUCGUGUGCUUGUAAUUUUAUGAAUCGUUUUAUGAUGAGCCAAGAUGAGGAGGAUGAUUCGCUGAUUUCUAGGGAGUUGGAGUUGUUGAAAACAAUCACGUGUGAAACUAUCGUGACGCUUUUUGCUUUUACCAAAAAGAUUCUUGAUGUGAUGGACUCGGUUUCAAUAGAAACUCAAGUUCCAGAAUUCUUCUGGAGCCAGGAUUUAUUUUCCCUGAUAUCAAUUUCUGUACUAAAUCCACAAAAAUUCGGACUCGAUACAAAAAAUUUGAAAAUAAUAGAAGCACUCCCUCAGGAAAUGGGUGAAUUGCUCCACGUGAUAAAAAGCAAAGCAUCUGAUCCUCUUUUGCAAAAACUUGAAGAAGAACUUACUCUUAACGUUGAAAAAUACUAUCAAACCUUCAGAGACAUUGAAAGCGUCACCGAAAACAAUGUAGAGGAAGAAUUAAAAUUGUACGUGAAGGGGCUUAUUUUGUUAAAUAAAAGACAAUUUCUAGAUCGAAUUUUAAAAGGAGAAUUCGCAAAAGCCGAGCCGAUCUUGAUUACACAAAUUUUUCACAUUCUAAAACAUCAAGAUGAAGCUAAAAUGGUUAUUCUAAAACCUGAUAUGGUAGAAUAUCUGGAAAGUAUAUUGGAAUUGGUGUUCAUAAAUUACAAAUAUUCCACAAUGAUUUUGGUUAUGAAUCAUAUAAUGGAGGAAACUGAGCUUUUAAAUCUAGAUAUGACCUCUUCUCAACAUGGAGAAUACUUCCUAAGUAUUUUCAAACCGCCUAUAUUUCGCGGAAUGUUGAGAAAUGUGGAAGAAACUUUGAAAGUCGUCGAUGAUUUAAUUGAGAGGAAGCCACAAAAAAUGUUGAUGGUGAUUGAAGAGCUCGUGAUAUUCACGCACAAACAUAAAAACAACUUUUUGGAAGAAUCGGAAUUUCUCGCCAAUGAAAUUCUUAAACGAUGUUCAUCACUUCAAAGAAGUGUCAACAAUUUGGAAUAUCGUAAAAAUCAGUUUAUGAACAUCUACAGAAUAGUUGUGCGUCUUAAAAAAAAUCCACUUGAAAUAGCGGAUCAAAAGCAAGAACUCUACUUCUGGAUUCUCAGGAAACUUCAAGAAGGCACCGAUCUCGAGCUGAAAACAAAAAUCCUAGACGAUUUCCUAGUUUGCUUAACCGACAUGAAAUCCGAGACCAACUCUGAAUUAUCUGUCAUAUUGAGAAGUCUCAAACACGAAAGAACAGAUGAAAUUUCUGAUAAUAAUAUCAAUUCUUUAAAAGCUGUUGCUUGUUUCCAAACAAUGCUUGCCCAUUUGCCAAUAACCAAAUCCGUAGUUCUUUUCGAAACUUUAAUAAAUUUCGCAGGAGGAUCUUGCGAUCAGUUAUGUAACGAGAAAACAUCCAACUAUCUAGAAACUUAUUUUCAUUCCAUCAACAGCGAGUCUGUCCUGAAAUCCUUGGAGGUUGCCUACACAUUUUUCAUGAAUUGUGGUAGCAUUCCCGCCAGAUUUGAUGUUCUACGAAGAUUUCUUCUCCCAGCGUUUCAGUUUUGCACGACAAGAGAUAUUGAACGUUUCUUUGAAAAGAAUGCAAAAGAAAUUCAUACCAUUCUAAAUCAGGCAUUGAAUUCUCAAGUCGAAGAGGAUUUGAAAAGGCUCAUCGUUUCCAAAAUCGGCUCCUAUAAUCUUUUCGAGAUUCUGUUUUCUCGAAUUGAUCUGGAGAAAAUAACGAGUGUCCAGAGUCUAAUUGCCAGGAAUGUUUUUGCGAAUCCGGAAGACAAGCAGCUGAUGAAGAGUGUGAUGAUGUCAACUUUAUCAGAGAGGAAAACGAAGUGUUUGAGUACAAACGUUAAAGAAAUGACGAGACUACUCCACUGUGCGGCAUAUAAUUGUGGAAUUACCAUCAUCAGUUUGAAAGAAGAGGAAAAGUUUUAUAGUUGGGCCUUCGCGGAGUACAGAGGAGAGGGGAAAUUGAUUUGGGAGAAGAUUUUGGAUUGUGAAAAGCAAUACUCUCUUCAGCAAACUUUUAACGAAUAUCCAAAGCACCGAAAGAAGCUGAUCAAUAUUAAGAAACGUUCAAAGACAAGGGAAAACACUGGUGAGGCAGGUAAUUCUUAUAUUUACAAAUACGAUCUGGCUUCUUCGACAUUGACUGAAAAUUUAGACGCUUUCGAUUUUAAUGAAGCUACAUUGUCUUCAAAGUCAGAGAGCAAUCAAGUCGAGGAAACGAUGACGUUGACUUUCGAAUGCGAUGAUUUUAACGAACAUGAAUGUAUGGCAUCUCUUUGUGGAAUUUUGGUCCACAUGGUGCGGAAUGAUAUUUUCAUUCCUCGAGAAACUGGGGAUGUUCAGCUUCCAAAAUGGAUGGCCUCUUUCAUUCAGUCAAUGAGAACUGAAUUCAAUAAUGUUCGACUCUUUCUCUUAAAAGUAAUCUGCAACACCCAAAAUAUCUUCAAACCCUAUGCUAAAUUCUUCGUUGGUAUUAUUCUGAAUACCGUGAACGAAUAUUUGAAGUUGAACCACCUAAAUUAUAUAAUAACGGAUGUUUUAUUAUUUCUGAUCGAGUGGCGUGUUCCCUUGCCGGAAAACCAGAAAGAGGAGGCACAAAAUCUUCUGGAACACUUGGUUAAUAAAGCUGAUACAGCUAGUACGAGAAGUGUGAAAAGAUAUAACGUUGAUAUUAUAAAAAUGAUUCUUGAACUCUGGAGCGAGAAUCUGAAACUUCCGAAGGCCAUCGAUAAGAAAAUAGCUUCAGAACCAGACUUUGCGAUUAGUUUGAUCCUAACUUUUCUGGAAAAUAAAUUGCAGGAUCAGGUAGUGGAAAGAUGUGAUAUUAUCGAGUUUCUUCACAAGUCGUUUGAAGAUUGGAAAAGGGAAGAAGAUGCUGUUCUUCAAAACUGCGCAGCUCUGGGCUUGAUCGUCAAGAAUUUGAAAGAGGGAGACGAAACGCAAAACGAUAGGAAUGAAGCCAUAAAGCUUAGUACCAACGAGCUGUUUCUCAAGAUUUUUCAGAAGAUGCAGUCGGUUGAUAAGAACAGAAUGAUCAAGUGUAUUUACACCCUGGCUACUUAUUCUCCAACCUGGAUUGAGAAUUUCUUCGAAUUUGUGAGAAACUACAUCGGCGAAGUCGACAACCUAGGAAAAGCUAAAUGCCUUGAAAUUUUCCUCUUGAGAAUUCCAAGUUUGAGUGUUGAAGAUGUUAAGCGUGAAUUGGGCUACAUGAAUUUCAGUAGCCUCUUGCAGAAUAAAAUUUUAACAUGUGAGAGACUAGGUCUUCAGAUUAUUGAUUCUUUGGUAGAAAUCCUAAACCCGAGUGAUCUGCUUCCAAUGGCGGAGUUGGCUUCUCCUUACGUGAAAAACAAUUCACCCGAAUUACGUGAAAGUGCCUACGAAAUCUUCAUGAAGAUUAAAACCAAGUACACCAAUGUUUCUUCAUUCGAUGAGGUUGUGCGAAAAUUAAAGGAAAUGAGUAAGAAGUUUCUGCUGAUCGGAUUGUUGGACUCGGCUGAAUCUUUGCAUUUGAAAUUGAUCAAUUUCUGGACGGAAGAUGAAUCUUUGUCGGAAAAACUGGUGGAUAGGUUCCUGGAUCUUUUGAAUCAAUAUAGUCCAGAUGUCGAGAAAGUCUUUCUGCUUUAUUCCUGCCUUUCUAUGUUACGUCUAACAAGCAAAUCGAGGGAGUAUAAUGAGAAAAUGUUCGCGGAAAAGCUGGAAGAAUGCACCUUCAACGAUUACAGAAUUGUGAUGCACUGGAGGGCGAAAAACUUGGGAUCGAUGGCUCCACUCUUCGCCAGAUCAUUGGCUAGUCAGAUGUCUCAACUGUUCACCCAGUCGACUUAUUCAUCACAGAAUUUUUCUUCCAAUUUCAAUAUGCAAUUCCUUAGAGCAACCGUUGGUCCGUCUUUUGAACCAACUAACUUGCAGGAUGCGACUUUCUCUAAUACUGCAGGAUUUGUUGAGAAUGAUUCUGUUUUCAAAAUUCCCGACCCUGCUUACAAUAAAGUGUCAAAAAGAUUCUUGGGGUAUAAGGAUAGUUUAAAAAAUCAGUAUACACAAAAGGCGGUUGAGAGCAAUUUAAGACAUGAUGAAAUGGUAAAAGAGGAAGUUGUCAGACAAAGUAGUGCUGUCAAGCUUUACAGAAAAUAUCGAAUUGGUGACUUUCCAGACAUCCAAAUAGCUCAUUCAAGUUUGCUCGUUCCUUUACAAGAAUUGGCAAAGAAAGAUUGGCUAAUCUGCAAAGAUCUUGUUGUCUCCAUGGUAUGUUCCUUGCUGAAUGACAUGAACACCAGAUCGAAAAACCAACAAUUAAUUCACAGAAUUUUUGAGAGAAUGCUACAAAUCUUGGAGAAUAAUCAAGGCUCGAGUUCAACACUUGCAGCGGUUUUAGAAAUAACGCUGGCUUAUAAUUCUACUGAUUUUGAACCUGAUUUAGUUGGUCGAGUCUCAAAGAACAGUGGACUUUACUCUUUAGGUGCGCUCUAUUUGGAAAAGUAUUUGAUACACAAACCUAUUUCUGAACCUUUGAGAAAGAGAAAACGGGUAGAAACUCCGGAGCGGAGACCAAAUGCCUCGAUUUAUCUAGCAAGGCUUUAUGAAUCUAUGAAUGAAGUUGACGUCGUUUUGAGUAUCUUCAAGGGGGACGAAUUCAGUGAGAAACUUCAGGAAGCUUCGCUUGCUCAGGCUGCCAGUGAUUGGUUUAAGGCAAGAAAAGCUUACGAGGAAGCUUACGAAAAAGAAACUGAUUUUGUUAAGGUACACUGUCUUCAAGAAUCAUUUGAGUGUCUGAGUCAACUUUCCCGAUGGGAUGUACUCGACAAAAAAGUGUUUGACGAGUCCGAAGAAGAUUUUAACAAUGUCUGGAGCGAUCCUCAAAAAGAAGAAUGGCUUCUGCCUUGGAUCUUUCGUGUUUACCUCCACAAGGUUUUGAAAGGCGACUGGAUGAAGGAUAGAGAUACCGAUAAUUUACGAAGGUUUAUAGAAGCGAUGGACAAUUGGUUAAAGAGUGAUGAACUACCUCGUAUAAAAGAACGUUUCGGUGAAGAAAUUUCAAUACUUUUUAUGAUCGAUUCCGAAACCGAGAACCCGGAAUCGGCUCGUGAUUUUCUGAAAAGUAGUUUAGAUUAUGCUAGGGAAGAGUGGAUUAGAUUGAAUCCUCUUUCUGAAAAACUCAGAUCUCGUCUUCUUCUAAAAUUAAGGGGAAUUAGCAACAUCGACAUCUAUUUGAAAUCUAUCAAGUCCGAUUUACCAGACGGGAUCCAAAACAUGAUGAAGUACUGGGCCGAAAAUUUGCCUUCGUCCAAUGAAGAUCUUCUUCCUUGGGAGACUCACAUAAAUUACCGACUCCACUUUGCAAAUCUUUUGUCUGGCAAUCCCGAAAUAGCAGACAAUGAGGAGAAACUUGACGAGUUGCUGUUGAUUUCCAUCCGGCAAAAAAUGAAACUUCUGGAUUUCGCAAUUGAACACAAAAACAGAUUCAUGGCUAAAAAUUAUGUCGUUGAGUUAGAGGAAGCGAUAUCGACGAAUAGUGGCAUGAAGAAACUGGAGUUCUUCAUCUCGACUUCUAGAUGUUUCUACCUUUUAGGAGAAUGCGCGGAAGACAGCAGGAGAAAACUUUCAUACUUUACCCAAUCUUGGAAUCAUAUUCACAGGCAUCUUAAGUCAAACAAGUCGGAUUCUUCUUUGCGAAUUUCCGCUCUGCAACACGUGACUUCUUUGACAUCUGUUCUGGAAAAUUUCGCCGAUAGAGGAGAUGAACUGACGAGAAAUUUAAUAAGCAAUUCCGAUUUCACUUCGAAGAUUAGUAGAGAAGAAAUAAGAGACGUUGAGAGUUUCAAGAAAUUAAUCAGCGAUUAUGGCUUGUCUAGUUUGAAGGAAACGUGUGAAAUUGCAAUGAAGGGUCAAAGAGCUGAUUGUUAUUUUAAACUUGUGGUUUAUUGCUACGAUCAGGUUUCGAAAAACGAGGAUGAUCUUGAAUUGGUUCGAGCUUUUGUCAGUGCGACUCUUAAAGCUAUGACCUAUGGAUCUUAUAAAGCAGCUCAUUAUUUUCCUUGUCUUCUAAAGACAAAAUAUUUAGAAGAUGAAGAAGCAAAAGAGAUUUUUUUUUCGGAGAGUCAAAAAAUAGAAACUUGGUUGUUUAUCGCCUGGCAAGCUCAGAUUUUCUCCCAUUUGGGAGACUCGCUUGCUGAAAUUUUGAUUCCUGUAAUCAAAAGAUUGAUUGAAGAUUAUCCAAAUGCUAUUAUGUAUACUUUCAGAUCCACGAUAGAAGCGAAUCCUGGUUUGUUAAAGAACUCGCAAAUCCUGGAUAUGAAACAAAAGUUGUACAACAAACCGGAUGUUGAAUCUUUUUUGACAGCAAUGCAUUACGUUUCUCAUCCAGAGUUGUAUUUAAUACAUCACUUGACAGAAGCUUCUAAUGAAGUUCUUCCAGGAAACCCGAUGUCUGUCGAAAAUCUCUUGAAGAAAAUUUUUCCCGAUGAUACACAACUCUGUGGUUCUCUUUUCAAUAAAGUUGUCAAAAAAAUCACUUCUUUCAAGAGUGAAAUUCAAGACAUGGAAAAUAAAACUUAUUCAGAAAUAAAGCCACUGAUAAAGAAGAUUACUGAUCUUUUGAAAAGAAGUCUUAAGGAGAGACGAGAGAGCACGCAUAGCGAUUGUAUUUUUAAAACAAAGUUGAAAGAUUACAGCCCUUGGUUGCAAAAAUUAAGUAGCAGUGAAAUCGAAGUUCCUGGACAGUAUUCGGGAGACAGUAAACCUUUACCAAGAUAUCAUGCGAAGAUUGGAAAGAUUGAGCCGACUAUUAAAGUGAUGCAGUCGCUUCGAAGUCCGAUUAAAAUUAUAAUUGUUGGCAACGAUUCGAAGAAUUACAGUUUUCUGGUGAAAUUCGGUGAAGAUUUGAGGCUUGAUCAAAGAGUCCAACAAGUUUUUACGAUCAUGAACAAGAUUCUGCAAAAUGAUAUUCCGUGUGGAAAACGACAUUUAUCUAUUGACACUUUUCAAGUCAUUCCUUUCUCGCUGAGCCUUGGAUUGAUUGAAUGGGUUGAAGGGACAAGAACCCUCGAAGAUUACAUCCAUUUCACACUCACAGAGAAGCAAAUUCAGCAAUGUUACGGAAUCCAGGAAAAAUACGAUAAUUGGAUAGGAAAAUCUGGAAAGCGUAGUUCAGCUUACAAAGAUUCUUUGCUAAAGUUCAAUGCCUCGAAAGUCGUGUCGAAAAUGAUCGAACUCACAAGUGUGACCGAGUGGGACUCUUUGAGAAGAACCUUCUUCAUGUUAAGUCCAUCGACCGAAAGUUUCAUGUCACUGAGGCACAAUUUUGUAACAACAUAUGGAACGAUGUGCACUGCCCAGUGGAUUUUAGGAAUUGGCGAUCGACAUCUGGAGAAUACGCUUAUCACUGUGAAAUCAGGAAGGUGUCUUGGAAUUGAUUUUGGAUUAGCGUUCGGUGCUGGAGUGGAUCAAUGUAUUCCAGAAUUGAUGCCAUGUCGUUUGACGCCACAAAUUCGAGGGUUGCUGAAACCUUUUGAGGAAAAUGGUCCUCUAGGAGCAACAAUGGUUCACGUUUUAAGAGCACUGAGGAAAGAGAAGGGACCUCUGAUGGCAUGUUUAGAUGUCUUUGUUAAUGAGCCUUUGAAUUGGUCGGAACAUAUAAAUAAGAUGUCGAAAGAAAAUCAAGAGGAUAUAACAGAUAUAAACUGGUUACCAAAGAAAAGAAUAUCUACUGUUGAGCAGAAACUAGGCGGGAAAAAACCUUCGUUGAUUACAGUAGAAGAACUGAAAGUCGUUCAUAGCAAAUCUAAAUAUUUCCAGCGUUAUCAAGAUAUUGUCAAUGGAACUGAGGAUGAUCACAAAACAGUUCGGGCGAAAAUUAGAAAUGAAAAUCUUACUCCUGAAGAGCAGAUUCAAUGUUUGAUUGAUCAAGCGACUGAUUUAAACAUUUUGGGGCGCGCCUGGAAAGGAUGGCAACCUUGGUUGUAAAAAAUUGUGAUUUUUGUUUGUAAAUAAGUUAUAGAGAUGUUUACAUGUAACAACAUAUUUUUUUAAAUCAAGGACUCACCCAGGAAAAAAGAAACGGUUAAAGAAUUGUUUUUGUAAAUCGGUUUCUUAAAAAAAACGGAUUAGACGAUCUUUUUCUGCAUCGGAAUAACUCCUUCAAAUUGGAAAACAAACUUUAAAUAAUUUUAAAAUACUAACUCCGAUUAAAGAUAAAUUUUUGCAAUAAUUUUCGACAUUUUUCAAUUGGAGUAUUUUAUGAAGGGACCGUUUCAAAUAUUUCAAUCGGUUCUUAGUUCCGGGGAAAAUAAUGUAUUUUUUUAUCAAGGACUCAAAGUCUAAUAAAAAAAAAAUUUUUAUACGCUUGGUUUAGAUUAAAAGUCGGGGAAUUAAAUUUAAAUUCCUCAGUGACGUCCAAAAUUCGAAUCAAUCGUCAUAACGAUUGAAUGUAGGCAAGACACUUUUAAUUUAUGUUUCCAUUAACAUCUUUUAAAUCAAAAUAAAAAAAGAGAAAAAAAAUAGGCAACCUCUAAAUUCCAUUUUGUCUUUUUGCUCGUAGUUUUUAUUUAUUUUUUAAAUCGCAAUCAAAAAAUAGACAAAAACAAUAAAAAUUGAAUAUAUUCUAAAUUAAAAGAGUUUAAAUUGUACCUUUUC